AGCACACGCAAUUCUACUAUCCUAACUGUUGUGUAAUAUAGUAAAGGAACACAUACAGGAGAAAACAUAUACUUCAGAUUUUAGCACUUUCAGAAUGGCUAUGGUAAAAGAAAUUAUGGGACAACGUAUGGUGGAAGCAUUUUGUUCUGAUGUUUCAAGAUGUUCUUCACAACCUAACCGUUUCUGCAUUAAGAGGCAGAAAACAGUUUCCAUACUUCCCACUUUCUCGGAGCUGAAGACGAUGUUGCAACUACCUGCCCCAUAUUCGCAACCACCAUUUAUCAAAUUAGAUGAGUCUUCCAAGAGAGACCUUGCCUUGAAUCCGAUGAGUGUGACCAUAACGGGAACUAUAACCAUCAAGAAUAGUGAUAUUACUGAUCAUAAGGAGAUGAUGGCCAUGAUGCUUCAACACUUUGGUACUUUCAAAAAUGCUCUUCAUGAAAGAGGAAUAAUUGUGUUGCAGCUAGUUAGCACCGAAAUUGACCCGAGAACGAUGGAGCCAAAACUGAGCAACCCAGUUGAAUUGGAGUGGUUGAAAUGCUAUAAGGUGGGGGCUGAGAGGUCCACAUACAAAGUAGAAUUUGAGAUAGAUUCAGAUUUUGGGUUCCCGGUAGCUAUUACUGUGACAAACAAAUACGACAAAGAGAUCUUUUUGGAAGGCUUUUCCAUUGAAGGUGUUGUGGAUAUUGCCUGCAAUUCUUGGAUUCAACCUGAGAAGGUUCAUCCAGAGGAGAGAGUUUUCUUUAGCAACAAGCAGGCAUACUUACCAUGUCAUACACCAGCGGGUCUGAAAAAGCUAAGAAAAGAGGAACUGAAGCAGCUUAGAGGUAAUGGAAAAGGAGUGAGAAGGGGAUGUGAAAGAGUGUAUGACUAUGAUGUCUACAAUGACUUGGGAAAUCCAGACAAAGGACAAGAACAUGUGAGGCCAAUAUUAGGGACCAGAGACUACCCAUGUCCCAGACGCUGCAGAACCGGUCGUCCUCAUGCCACAACCGACGAGAAGUAUGAGUCCCCUAUAAAUUCAUCCGUGGAAAGUUAUGUGCCAAGAGAUGAAGCUUUUGAAGGUGUGAGAAAGGAAGCUCUUGAUGUGGAAAAGUUAAAAGGGGCAACCCGGAAUUUGAUUCCCUUCAUAAGAACUUGUAUCACCAAGUGUGGAAAUUUCAAGCAGCUUUCAGAUGUUCAACAGAUAUACAAGAGAAAGCACGUUGAUAAAAUGAAACCCGAGAACGUAACCACAACAAAAUGGCCUCUACCUAUGAAUAUGAUGAGCAAGAUCCAAAAUGACGUGGAAGAGUAUUUUAAAUUCGAUACUCCGCGUAUUAUCAAUGGUGGGAAUUGUUGUUGCAUAAAAGAUGAAGAACUUGGGCGUCAAGCAUUGGCCGGUAUCAACCCUCUAAGCAUAAAAAGACUUGAGACUUUCCCACCCGUCAGUGAUCUGGAUCCUUCCAUAUACGGUGCCCAAAAGUCUGCCCUAAAAGAAGAACACAUAAUAAGCCAUUUGGAUGGAAUGCCUGUACAACAGGCAAUGGCAGAAAAGAAGCUAUUCAUGUUGGAUUAUCAUGAUGCCUAUCUCCCAUUUCUGAAUGGCAUCAAUGCUCGUGAAGAUAGGAAAGCUUAUGCAACUCGCACCAUCUUGUAUUUGACAAGACUAGGUACUUUGAAGCCUAUUGCCAUCGAGUUGAGUCUUCCAGAAUCGAAACAGGUCCUUACCCCUCCAUUGGAUGCCACCUCUCAUUGGUUGUGGCAAAUUGCCAAAGCCCAUGUUUGCUCCAAUGACGCUGGUGUUCACCAACUUGUCCAUCAUUGGUUGAGAACCCACGCAUGCAUGGAGCCAUUCAUCAUAGCUGCUCAUCGCCAACUAAGUGCAAUGCACCCGGUUUUCAAACUUCUAAAGCCUCAUUUGAAACACACGUUGCAAAUAAAUGCAUUGGCUCGUGAGGCUCUCAUCAACGAAGGAGGCAUCAUUGAGACUGAUUUUUCUUCUGGCAAAUACAGCACUGAGAUUAUCUCAGCUGCUUAUAAAGAUUGGUGGCGUUUUGACAUGGAAGCCCUUCCUGCUGAUCUCAUUAGAAGGGGACUAGCAGAACCUGAUCCAACACAUCCCCAUGGACUAAGACUACUGAUUGAAGACUACCCUUAUGCAAAUGAUGGACUUCUUAUAUGGUUUGCUUUGGAGAACUUGGUUAGGACUUAUGUGAACUACUAUUACAGUGAUAGGAUCAUGGUUCGAUCUGAUAGUGAGCUUCAAUCAUGGUAUAGUGAGGUCACCAAUGUUGGCCACGCUGAUCAUGCAAAUGCAAGUUGGUGGCCCACACUCUCCACUCCUAGUGAUCUUACUUCAAUACUCACCACACUCAUAUGGGUUGCUUCAGUUCAGCAUUCAGCUGUGAAUUUUGGGCAAUACCCUCUUGGUGGGUAUGUCCCAAUGCGUUCCCCACACAUGAAGAAGUUGUUGCCCAAAGAGGAUGAUUUAGAGUACAAAGAAUUUUUGGAGGACCCAGAAGGAUACUUGCUGUCUUGCUUGCCAAAUAUGUUUGAAACCACCAAGUUUCUAGCAGUGGUUAACAUACUUUCUCAGCAUUCGCCUGAUGAAGAGUACAUGGGGCAGAGGAAGGACUUGUCAGAUUGGACUGGCGACCCUGAAAUCAUAAAGGCAUUCUAUGAGUUUUCCAUGGAUAUAAAGAGAAUAGAAAAGGAGAUUGACAAGAGAAAUAAAGACACAACACGUAGAAAUAGAUGUGGUGCUGGAAUUCCACCAUAUGAGUUGCUCGUAGCCUCCUCGGCUCCUGGAGUUACAGGUAGAGGAGUGCCAAAUAGCAUAAGUAUAUAGAAGUCAUGUAAAGAUACAAAUACUUUCGCUCCUAAUUCCAAACAAUACGUUACCAGUAGAUCCCAUUAGGUGAAACUUUUGGUGUUAGCAAUGUUAAAGGUAGCACUGAUCACGUCUCGGACAAUAGUCAUUGAAUUAGGUAAAAGUCAAUAGUCAUAGAGUAAUGAUACACUUCUAAAAGAAUUUUAUAACAUUUUAUAAUUUUCCCCUCUUAUUA